AUGCCUCCUCGCAGGAAUGUCGCCCCGCCCAAUGCCGUCAGGCAGUUCGUCUGCGACAUAUGUGACAAAGGGUAUCCACGGCAACCCGAUUUCGAGAACCACCUCCGUUCAUACGAUCACAACCAUCGGCAGCGUCUGCUCGACAUGAAGAAGAUUACAGCGCGCAGCGAGCAAGAGCGAGGAGAGCGCAAGCGCGGACCCGAUCACUCGAAGGCAAUUGAUGGACCUAGCAAGAGGGUCGCCGGGGCUCCCCGAUUUACGAGAGUAGGAGAUACGGCGCUUACCGGUGCUACAUCAGCACGCUUCACCAAGGUCGGGCCCCCUCCGUCGACGACGAAGAUUGAGCCAGAGCGCACCCCAGCGGAAGGCGCGAGCCAGCAAGCGGACGCCACUGCACACAACUCAAAGGAAGGAGAUGGCGAUCGCAUAGCGAUGCUGCUGGAAAAGCAAGACCGCGUUCAGAAGGGGCCUCAGGGCCUCAAGGAACUCAAUGCGAACAAGGAGAAGCAGUCUGCUGACGAACCCUUCCCUCCCAGGGGUCUAAUCCAGGAUCAACAAGAACACGAAACUGACGACAGGUUCGAAGAGACAGAAAAUGCUGUAGAGGAGCGAGAUGACAAGGCGAAAUCUACCGAUAUGAUUGAGGAAGUGAUCACCUGGGAACAGUACGACUUCACCAAGCCCACCGGCUGCGACCACGCCACUUGCCCGGGCUGCAGGAUCGAUGGUAUAGGGGAUGGCGGCGAUGUCUUCCCGACCGGAAUGGGAGAUGAUACCGGUGCCCCGCCAUUCGGCAUGCAAGCAUUGAAGUCAGUGGAAACGGCAUGA